CGUCCCGGCGAUGGGAGGGGAUCCGCGCUGCUGGUCGAGUCCCACUUACUACUUGCUUUCAAUCAGGUUUGGACUUGCAUCACUCGGUCUCCGCAUCUGGCUCCGGAGUUUGAAUCGACCUGCUUCCAAGACAAGUUUCUCUGUCCAGUUCCAUCUGAAACCUGAACUUUUUAAGUGACGAUGUUGGUAAUAUUGGCUUUCAUUAUCCUGUUUCAUGUAAUCUCAGCAACAUUACUCUUCAUUUCAACCAUAAAUAAUGCCUGGUGGGUACACCAAGACGUCUAUACUGAUCUGUGGAGGAUCUGCAAUGUCACGUGUGAACCGAUUAAGGACAGCAGCACUGCUGCUGCAGGUUUCCUCCAGGCUGUCCAGGCGACCAUGAUAUUAUCCACCAUUCUGUGCUGUGUGGCCUUCUUCGUGUUCAUACUGCAGCUCUUCCGUCUGAAACAGGGUGAACGAUUUGUCUUCACUGCCGUCAUCCAGCUCUUGUCUGCGCUUUGUGUGAUGAUCGGCGCGUCCAUUUACGCGGCUCAGCACGAGAGCUUCCACGAAGACAGCGUGCGCGAGGGCGACUAUGGCUACUCCUUUGUUUUAGCCUGGAUUGCUUUUCCUCUCACCCUCGUCAGUGGCUUGAUGUAUCUGGUUUUGAGGAAGCGCAAAUGAAUGAGAACAGCCCCUAGUCUCCCUGCAACUGCCCCCACCCGAAACCAGAGCUGAUGGGAUGCAUUUUGUAUAUAAUCUUAUUUUUAAUAUGACUUAGCAAAAAAUACCAAGAAAUACUAAGACUGUAAAAGAAUUAUUAACAGUAGCAUACUGGAAACCUAUCUAGAACUAGGAAUGGUAUUAUAUAUGUGUAGAAAUUCUAACCCUUUUUUUGUUCGGAGGAGUAUAUCAACGUUAACCCUAUUCUUGGUGAAACCCAUGUAUGCUGUGAUAAAAAGGUUUAAUAGUUGGAGUUCUGUCAGGGUGUGUAGACUUGAAAACAAAUUAAAUAGGCUUCAUUUAAAAGACAUCUAUUUAAUGUUUAAACCACUAGACAGCUGUAAAGCUAAGACGGCUUGCACUUGAUGCUUUCAAGUUGUGAAAUUGCCUUUUUUUUAAUCUCACUAACAUUGAACGACUGCCACCCCGUUUUCGGAUUUUUGCUUAACCAGUAGCAAAAGAGCACCAGCCUUUAGUACAAUUGGGGAGACAGUGCUUCUGGAUUUAAGAAAAUCUCUGUGCCAACCUUUAAGAAACCUCAAAGGAGCAGACAUGCCCACACACUUGCAGAGCAUGAAGUUAACUUGAAAAGUAAACCAUGUAAAUUUAAUUUUUUUGUAUUACGAGAUUAAAAGGGGGAGGGUUAUUAGUCCUGGGUUUUCAAUGUACUAAAACUUGAGUGUUUUUUUUUUCCUGUGAGAGGGAUUGUGACUCUUCAACAAAAUGUUUAUCACUGAAAUGGUGUAAAACAAACCAUGUUUUGCAUGGCAGGCUUUGAUCACAGGACCCAUCCAAAUCGCUAUCUGUACUCGAAGAGGGAAGCCCUGUUCUUCUGCCAGGUCUGCCAAAUGACACUUUGAUUCUGUUUGAAUGGGAGCACUUUGGUUCUGUUGUUUGUGUUCCAUAAAAAAAAAUAAGAGCACUGCUUCAUUCGAAAAGGUAUUUGACUUAAUCCUGGAAUAGUUUAAAACAAGAAAUUUCAGUUUUAUUUGACAUAGUUGGAAUUUAACCUCCACAGCAGUUAGGAUAAUUAUAUUUGGGUUUCUUAGUAAACAAGUUUUUUUUCCUUUAAGUGGUAAAACAGCAUGCAAUUCUGAAUAAGGCCAAAGUUAAACUGAAGCUGUAUUUAUUUUAUACUUAAGACAUUCUUCUGCUGUUGAUCCUUUUUAAUGAAGUGUUAUUUGCUUGAGUUUUUUUUACUAUAAUAUGUACAAAGUAAAUGUAUUGAUAUAUACCAAAGGACUUUUAUAUUUGGAAUUAAAUGAUAAAGGCAGCUUUUCAUGCUUUGGGUCUUAAAACUGAUUCAAAUGUGGAUUUUUGCAGCAGAAUCUGACAUAGAAUCCUGGACAAGGUUCAGCGUGUACAUGGAUCAACUGAAGUGUAUUUUUACAUUAAAAAAAAUCUCUUAAAUGUUAAGAUUGGAUUUUACCUUUCUUGCAAAACAUUUACCAUUGUCAUGUACACAUUUCUAUGCCUGAAAUAAAGUACUGGAUGUUUUAGAAGCCUA